AUGAGUAGAAAACCUUCAAAGAAAGAAAAAAUUGUAAAAGAGUUAAAUGGCAUAGUUUUAUACGUCAUUUUCUCUGUUCUCUUCUUCCUUGUAUGGAGUGGAAUCAUCUUUUCUUAUCCUUUCCCUGUUAUGUCCUAUUUCCACUCUAUUUCAUAUUAUGAAAGAAUUACAAUGUCAGUUUUCCAAGAUACAGCAUGUGCGCAACAGCCAAUUGUUAAUAUCCUCAACGACUACUUCGUUUCUUUAGUUAAUGAGCCAAAUAGUCAAUCUCUUCAAAAUUUCAACGCAUUAUACAGUUUGUCAUCGAAUAUCUCAAGCAACAACUUCUAUUACGUUGAAUCCGAGAUAAAUUCCAAUGACAGAGAGGAAAUUUCGAAGAUUUUGGCUCAAGAAAAAGAAUAUGUUGAAUCAAUUUACUCAAAAGUACUUGAAUUCAACGAAACAAAGAACGAAAGUAUCAUACAAGAAGCAACAGAGCUUGCUUUUGUUACUUUGUCGAAUUUGACUGUAAAAUUAAAUGAAAUUGCGACAGAAAGGAUCAAAAAGCUCUAUAACUCAUACGAUGCAAUCAGAAUUACCAAUAGAGCAGGUGUUGCUAUUGUAGACUUCAUUUAUUUGCUUUUUAUCUUGUAUAGAAUUUAUUUGUAUCAUAUUGAGUUCGAAAUGUACAAGAACAUGCUUCUUGUUAUUCCAAACUCAUCGAAACAAGCGAUUACCAUGGCUGUUGACCUCUUCAACUCUUCAAACAAGAAGAAAGAAAACAGUUUGUCAGAAGUUUCACUUUCCAGGCACAUUAUCAAGCAAUCGUUGAAUGGAAUUCUCAUGGUAUCAAGUACAGGCAUUGUACAAGACGUUAAUAACUCCGCGAUUCAAAUUCUUCAAAGGAAAAAAGAAGAUAUUAUUCAACAACACGUUAUUACAAUAUUAAUGGAUGUUAAUGAGAACCAAUCACUUCUACAGACCUAUAACCAGCUGUUCGAACAGAAUGAAGACUCAGGAGUAAUAGAAAACCAAAUUACUCAAAAUGCCAACGCAAAAAAUGUAACAGAAAUCGAUAAUUCGUUAACAGUUCGAACAGGUGCAGGUACACUUAAGCUUAUUUCUUGUAAAAUCAUCAAGAUUUCUAACGUCAGAAUGUGGGGUGACGAAAUGUCAUAUGCAUUCAUAUUACGAGACAUCACGGAGUUCAGUAAGAACGAAACCGAGCUUAAAGGUGCACAAAACAGGGUCGAAAACCUUCUUUCCAAGAUUAUGCCAAAAGUUAUCGCGACAAGAUUGAUGUCCAAAAGCGACAGAGAGGAUAUUAUAUCAUGUGUCGAUCGCGCUGUCAUUAUCUUCAUUGGAAUUCAUAAUUUCGUAUCAUGGUGUACUAAUAAGAACCAUGAAGACAUCAUGCAACUUUUAGAUGUCAUUUUUUCGAAAUUUGACAGAAAAAUUGCCAAGUAUCCAACAUUGGUCAAAAUCAAAAUGAUCAAUGGCGUUUACAUGGCAGCUGCCGGCCUGUUCAAUGAAGUAUCCGACAGAACACCUGUCCACGAAGCAGUCGAGUUCUGCAUGUCAUGUGGACAAUGGGUCAUGGAGCGAAACAACACAGAGACAGAGACAAAAAUACAUCUGAACAUCGGUGUUAAUUACGAUGGUCCAAUCAUUUCUGGUGUUCUUGGUCGUGAGAAACCUCUUUUCGACGUAUGGGGAGAUGCAGUAAAUGUUUCAGCAAGACUUGAAACAUCUUCUUACAUUGAUACAAUUCAGAUGCUUCCUUCUACAUUCCACACGCUUCCGGAAGGAAUUUACAACGCGUUUGAAAGAAAAGAUGUUUUCUUGAAAGGAAAAGGAACUACAAACACUUAUUGCAUCCCUUUGCCUGGAUCUUAUUCUGUUUUUGGAAUUUAA